AUGGGUUCUGGCAACUCCGUCGAGCGACAGGCGUUCGUGGCCGAGUCCGAGGACUCGCCCCCGGACAUCCGCGAUGCCGCGGCGAAGCUCAUGGCCGAGGUGCGCCGCGAGGAUCGUCCGCCGCCGGCCUGGGAGGAGGUCCCGCGCGCCCGCGAGAGCUUUGCGACCUUCGGCUCGAGCCACGGCCGCGGGAGCUUCGACGACGUCGCGCGCUUCGACCACAAGGCCGCGGGCCGCGAAAGCUUCGAGGACGCGACGGGGCGGUGCAGCUUCUACGACGUGCGAAACCUCGCCGCCGCGGCGACGCCCGCGUGGCAGGGCGACGCGCGGCCGGAGCGCUCCGGCGCCGCGAAGGCGGCGGGCGUCGACGGCCGGGAGGCGCCGGCCCACGACGACAUCACCGGGGAGACCUGGCACCGCGGCGAGACGUCGCCGUCCCACGACGACAUCACCGGGGAGACCUGGCACCGCGGCGAGACGUCGCCGUCCCACGACGACAUCACCGGGGAGACCUGGCACCGCGGCGAGACGUCGGCCCACUUCCUCGACUCGCGCCUCGUGCGCGGCUUCCUCGCGCCCGGCGCGGCGGACGAGCUCCUGGACGCGCUCCGGCGGGUCCCCGGGGCGCGCGCGCCGAAGCGCGCGUCGUCGCGCGUCGCCUACGAGGUGCGCACGGACGCCUACGGCGUCCCGCGCGCCGACGGCGCCCUCGCGCUCGACGCCUGGGGCGCGGACUACGAGGCCUGGGCGCGCGUCGAGCCCGCGCCGCCGGCGCUCGACGCGGCCCGCGCCGCCGUCCGCGCGCUCGCCGAGCGCGCGAGCUUCGCGCGCGAGGCCGCCGCGGGCACGCCCGCGCUGGCGAACUCGCUGGCCGUCAACUACUACCGCGGCGGCGCCGUCGGCAUCCCCGCGCACCAGGACACGGUGUCGAGCCUCGUCGACGGCAGCGCGAUCUACGUGCUGAGCCUCGGCGCGACGCGCGAGUUCCAGCUCGGCGGCGCCGACGCCGCGGGCCGGGCGCGCGUCGAGGCGCCCCUCCGGACCUGGCGGCCGCGCCACGGCGACCUCGUCGUCCUCGGCCCGGAGACGAACGCGCGCUGCUGCCACUGCGUGCCCCGCGCACCGGGGGACGGGCUCCGCGUCUCCAUCGUCUUCCGCUCCGUGGACAAGUCCUUCCUGCGCAAAGCGCCGCCGCGGGUCGCGACCUACGCGAGCGGCGCGGCGCGCGUCGUCGCCGCGGAGGCCGUCGUCGGCGGCGCGCGGCGCCACCUGUCGGAGCUCAUCAGCGCCCGCGAGGCCGCCAAGGCGCCCGCGGAGGCGCGGCCGGCGGACCUCGCCCAGUUCUACCGCGGCCGCGGGCCCAUGGCCGCGCUCCUCGCCGUGUGA